UAUUUCCGACAGUCCGUGAACGCCUCACAGGUCCUGCUCGGUCAGUCCCAGCGGAUCAGAUCAGUUCUGUUAUCUGCAGACAACAAACCAUCUGAUGUGCUUCUCAGAAGAUGGACGCGCUGUCGUGACGCUGUUGACAACAAGUUUAAUGAACCUCAAAUGUUUGUACUUURCGUCCUGUAAAAGUUUGUAAACUGGAAGUUUAGAAAGGUUUUGAGGAGAGUUUCAGGAAAAGGGAAGAAGGGUUGUGUUGGAAACGGUGUAAAAAUGUCGGAACCAGAGAAGAACAUUCCUGAAGCGUCUGCAGGAAAACAGGUUCUGAACGGAGGAACUGCAGCCAAAACCAAAGAGGAUUUUGACCUGGCUGCUGUUUAUGUGUCUGAUGCCCUGUACAACAGAAACAUCUACUUUGACACAUCCCCUCAGGCUGUCAGGCGACCAUGCUGGUGGAGCUGCUCUGUGUGCUCGUCUUUACUUUUCGAAUUGUUCAUUAUGCCAAGGUGAUCCCUCGAGACAAGUUCUGGAAGGACCCUAAAAAUAUUUGCAUAAUCGUCAUCCUGAUGCUAACUCUUGUUGACAUGAUCAUCUACGGAGCACUGAAAGCUGCAAACUGUUCUAUUGUCCGCUGGUCUCGAGUCCUUCGUCCACUCCUGUUGGUCAACGUCACAGAAGGACGGCAG